AACAAUAAUAACACGUGCAAUCAAAUUUAAAUAAAAAAUAAACAAAAAGAUAAAAUAGUUUUUGAUGAUUGGUGGCCUUACCUGUCUCAAUUGGACAGUCCCGCCUCCUUACACCUGACGCUGAUAAAAGAUUUGUCCAUCAUAGAACGUCGUGUGGCAGUAGCCAAAAUCAGCAUGACAACACGGAUAGAAAGCCUACUUCAAAGCCCCUUAGAGUCUCGAGGUUUGCCUCUUCACCUGUGGUCAACAGACAUACCACAAGACUUAAAGACUAGAACACACUCGCAUCCAUGUAGCCCAGAACCUUGGCUUCUGCCAGGCUGCAGUUCAGUGUAUGACAGUCUUGUAAGGAUACCCUCUUCUAGUUUCUCUAAAAUGCCACAGUCAACUUCACAUAAUGGAGAAAAGACUUCUGUUCAGAAGCCUCGCAGGUCCUCAAUCCUUGAAAGGUGUAUCUUGAAGAUAUCUACAGCAAGUGUUGUUGUUGGAACAGAGGACCUUGAUGGGAUUAAGAGGUCACCAGGGCUGCAGUGGUGCCCUCAAAAUGCUGACCUGUCACAAUUUGAGACUAAUGAGGCCGUUUUGAAGCGCAGACAAAAACAGAUUCAGUAUGGAAAGAACACCUGUGGCUACCAGAAAUAUGAGCAGCAGGUUCCAAAGCGUCUACGGGUCCCUGGGAUUCACCCUUCCACUCCCAACAAAUACCGCAAAUAUAGCCGUAGAUCUUGGGAUAUGCAAGUCAGGCUCUGGCGUAGAGCACUUCAUGCGUGGGACCCACCAUCUGCCUCUCCAAAAGACACGGAGGGGCAAGACCCAGUUGAUCAACUGCAGAGCUUGCUUGAGAAGAUGAAUACGGAGUUGUGCGAAGGUGGAGAAAAUGAGGAAACGCGGUGGGAAAUUGCACAAGAUUCAAGCACGUCCCUAAUUUCUCAACCUAUGGAGUUAUCGACCGAUGGUCUUUGGCUAUCUUCCAAUGCUUCUCAACUUGAUGUCCCAUGUCAUCAGAGCCAGACCUCUCAGCUUGGAUUGGGCUAUACCUUUAGUAGUCACCUAUCAGCGCAGGAGAACGUUCUAGGAUGGUUGCGAUUCCUCCUCGAGGCCGACCACAACUGGGAUCAGGCACCUUUGCUGCAUGAAGAGCCUUUCUGGAGAUGUACAUAGUGUCUUGUCAAAUUAAGCGUUUGGUCUCCACAAAUCAUGUGCAACUUUUUUCAGCAAUGUUGUAUGUUCUACACUUGGAUCACUAGCGUCAGUUUAGUAUGUUGUUGAAUUACAGUAGUCAACAUUUGAAGUGGAUCAAAAAAAGUUAAUCAAAGUUGUCCUAGACAAGAACGGGUAUUGUUCUGAUCUUCGGACAACUUUGAUGAACCUUUUUGAUCCACUUCAAAUGUUGACUACUGUAUAUAGCGUGCCAUCAAUGUUUCCUCUCCAUAUAAAUGUUAUUAUUGCACACUUACACGUGCUAGUUAUCACUUCUUUGUUUGCACCUUAGUUUCUAGCUAUUUCUUCACUCCCUUUCCUCUUUUUAAAAAAAAACACAUGUUCUGAUCAUGAUUUGUUGCGGGUUCUCGACACUUUUCUUUCUACUGUUUUCUUCACAUCACUGUUUUUCUAAAAACAGACGAAGUUUAGACUUUUUAUUUUUGUGUGCGUUGACCUCUAAUGUGAAUUGAAAGCAAAGUUAAUAAAGAUGUGGACUGGCUUAUGUGAAUCUGCAUUGUGAUAUUCUAAAGUUGUAAGUCCAUUUAAG